AUGGCGGAAGGCCUGGUUGAGGCGGGUGGCAGAGUACAUUGCCUCGAUCGGUUACCGGAGCCUCCCAAGUCGUUUCAGGAAGCACAGGAGCGAUUGAACAGCCCCGAUGGUGGAGACCUAGUGUACCACCGUGUCGAUGUUACGGAUGAAGGGCCGCUGCAAAAGUGCAUUGAGGAUAUUGCUGCCGAACGAAAAAGACUGGACGGACUCGUUGCAGCCGCUGCAAUCCAGCAAGUCACACCGGCUCUUGACUUCAAGAAAGAAGACAUUGAAAAGAUGCUAGAGGUAAACUACACUGGCGUCUUCCUCACAGCCCGCGAAUGUGCUCGACAGAUGAUGAAGUACAAGAUCCAGGGCUCCAUCUGCCUCAUCGCAUCCAUGAGCGGCACCAUUGCCAACCGAGGCUUCAUGGCGCCCGUCUACAAUUCCUCCAAAGCGGCUGUUGUGCAGCUUGCACGCAACCUGGCCAUGGAGUGGGGGAGGAAGAAUCCAGACGGUUCAGGCGGCAUCCGAGUCAACUCGCUGAGUCCCGGUCACAUUGUGACUCCCAUGGUUCAAGCCAACUUUGACGCUGGCGAGGCCGACCGCGAAGAGUGGGAAAACAACAACAUGCUGGGCAGGUUGAGCACGCCCGAGGAAUACAAGGCUGCGGGGCUGUUCAUGUUGAGCAAGGCGAGCAGCUACAUGACUGGGCAUGACCUGAAGAUGGAUGGCGGUACAACGGCGUGGUAG